AACAUAACAUAAAAUAUUGGAAUGCGCGUGGGAGAGGGAGAGCGAGGCAUCCCAUCUCAUCCCAUCCAUGAUCUGAAGGUGUUCAAAUCCAUCGUCACUCGCUCACUCACUCACUCACUCACUACUCUUUUUGAGUAGAAAUGGUAAUGGUGGUGGUGGUGGUGGAGCUGUAAGUGAAUCCCUCGAACGCAAACAGAAACACACACUUUCUUGUGUUUUCAUUUUCAUGUCUCAGCCCUCAACGAAACGCUCGUCGCCGUCGCCGUCGCCGUCGCCAGCUGAAACAAACAGCUCUAUGAAAAAAGCCAAGUCGCAAGGCCUCGCCUGUGCUCUUGACUCCAACGCCAUCUCCUCUCACCACCACGACCUCCUUUUCGACUCCAUGUCCCCGCCAACCUUUCCCGCAAGAAAGCCACGCCUCCCCACCCCGCUAAGAAGCUCCUCAUCAAGCUCCACAAAGGUAAGCCAACACUGCCCACAAAUUUUGAGGAGGUUACAUGGGCAAAAUUGAAGUCUGCUAUUUGUGCUAUAUUCUUGAAGCAACCUGACUCUUGUGAUUUGGAAAAGCUUUAUCAGGCUGUCAGUGAUCUUUGCAUAUAUAAAAUGGCUGGAAAUCUUUAUCAGCGAAUUGAAACGGAAUGCGAAGCACAUAUAUCUACAGCUUUGCAGUCUUUGGUUGGACAAAGCCCAGAUUUGGUUGUUUUUCUAUCUCUAGUUGAGAGAUGUUGGCAGGAUCUUUGUGACCAAAUGUUGAUGAUUCGAGGUAUAGCCUUGUAUCUGGAUAGGACAUAUGUGAAGCAAACAGCAAAUGUACGGUCCUUAUGGGACAUGGGCUUACAACUUUUCCGCAAACAUCUUUCAUUAUCUCCUGAAGUUGAACACAAAACUGUUACCGGUCUUCUAAGAAUGAUUGAAAGUGAAAGAUUAGGUGAAGCAGUGGAUAGAACGCUUCUAAACCAUCUUUUGAAGAUGUUCACAGCACUGGGAAUAUAUGCAGAAAGCUUCGAGAAGCCAUUUCUUGAAUGCACAUCUGAAUUUUAUGCUGCUGAAGGUAUGAAAUACAUGCAGCAAUCAGAUGUUCCAGAUUAUUUGAAGCAUGUGGAGACAAGAUUGCAAGAGGAACAUGACAGAUGCCUGAUCUACUUGGAUGCGAGUACUAGGAAGCUGCUGAUAGCCACAGCAGAAAAGCAACUUCUUGAACGUCAUAUACCUGCCAUUCUUGAUAAGGGUUUCUCUGUGCUUAUGGAUGGAAAUCGCAUUGAAGACCUUCAGAGAAUGUACUCACUCUUUUUAAGGGUCAAUGCCCUUGAGUCACUAAGACAAGCCCUAAGUUCAUAUAUCAGGAGAACUGGGCAGGCCAUUGUUAUGGAUGAGGAGAAAGAUAAAGACAUGGUUUCUUCACUUCUGGAGUUUAAGGCUUCUCUUGACAGAAUAUGGGAAGAAAGUUUUUAUAAGAAUGAAGUAUUCUCUAACACCAUUAAAGAUUCAUUUGAGCAUCUUAUCAAUCUACGACAGAACCGACCAGCAGAGUUGAUUGCCAAGUUCUUAGAUGAGAAGCUCCGUGCAGGUAACAAGGGUACUUCUGAAGAGGAACUGGAGGGAACACUUGAUAAAGUCCUGGUUUUAUUUAGGUUCAUUCAGGGCAAAGAUGUGUUUGAAGCUUUUUAUAAGAAAGAUCUUGCAAAAAGACUUCUUUUGGGAAAAAGUGCUUCUAUUGAUGCAGAGAAGUCUAUGAUAUCCAAGUUGAAGACUGAGUGUGGCAGUCAGUUCACAAACAAAUUGGAAGGAAUGUUUAAGGACAUUGAAUUAUCAAAAGAAAUAAAUGAGUCCUUCAAACAGUCAUCCCAAGCAAGGACAAAACUCCCAUCAGGAAUUGAAAUGAGUGUUCAUGUCCUGACAACUGGGUACUGGCCAACAUAUCCACCCAUGGAUGUUAGACUUCCUCAUGAAUUGAAUGUUUACCAGGAUAUUUUCAAAGAGUUCUAUCUUAGCAAAUACAGUGGAAGGCGUUUGAUGUGGCAAAAUUCAUUAGGUCACUGUGUCUUGAAGGCAGAGUUUCCUAAAGGGAAAAAGGAGUUGGCAGUCUCCCUAUUUCAGACUGUUGUUUUGAUGCUAUUCAAUGAUGCCGAGAAACUGAGCUUUCAAGAUAUCAAGGACUCUACCAGUAUCGAGGACAAAGAACUGAGAAGGACUCUGCAAUCACUUGCAUGUGGAAAAGUUCGUGUCCUACAGAAGUCGCCGAAGGGUAGAGAUGUGGAGGAUGAUGACUCAUUCUCUUUUAAUGAUGGCUUUACAGCUCCUCUUUACCGUAUAAAGGUGAAUGCCAUUCAGUUGAAGGAGACAGUGGAGGAAAACACAAGCACCACUGAAAGAGUUUUCCAAGACCGUCAGUAUCAGAUUGAUGCUGCCAUUGUGAGGAUAAUGAAGACAAGGAAAGUACUUAGUCACACCCUUCUUAUUACCGAACUCUUCCAACAGCUCAAGUUUCCAAUAAAACCAGCUGAUUUGAAGAAAAGGAUUGAAAGCCUGAUUGACAGAGAGUAUCUGGAGAGGGACAAGAGCAACCCCCAAAUAUACAAUUAUCUGGCAUAGUCUUUCACAUUUUCAAAUGACGUGGGGCAAACUUAAUGUUUGAUCCUUCGUCAUAUGUACAGUAACAGUGGAUUCCCGUUCUUUUUUUCCACCCCCAUUCAUCGACAACUGUACUUUAUUAUUGUAAAGCAUAAUAUCUCGCAUGAUAAUUUUUCCUUUUAUACAAGAUUCUCGGCGACUCAAAGUCAUUCUCCAAAAUGAUCGAGAAAUUCAAUAGAAUUAAUAGAUAAAUGGUAUCAUCAACAAAAUGUCAUCUUAUUUUAGAUA